AUCGCAGAGACAAAGACCAAAGUGUGUUCCAUUCUUGGUGAGAGGGUGAGAAAGGGCAGAGAGGAGAGAGAUAGGAAGAGAACAGAGAGUCCUUGUUUUUUUAUUCUUUCUGGUGUACCCAUUAUUAAUAUAGUGGAAGUGUUUUCUACCGGUGGAUGUAGGCAAAGGUUUUAUUGAACCACUUUAAAUCUGUGUUUUUUGUGUCUUAUCUCUGUGGUUGUUUCUCUUGAUUUGCUGUGUUCUUUUGGGGUUCCUGGACAUACAUAAUUGGCCGAUAUCACAACAUAUGGGUCAAGUAAUCAGUUGCAUUCGAGUGAAGCAAACAAAGGUUGCAGUGAAGGAACAUUUUGGGAAGUUCGAUGGCAUUCUUCAGCCAGGCUGUCACUAUGUUCCUUGGUGUCUUGGAUACCAAGUUGCCGGUGAGCUUUCAAUGCGCGUCCAACAGCAUUGGAUUACAUGUGAAUCCAUGACUAAGGAUCAUGUGUCUGUUAAUGUGACUACAUCAGUUCACUUUCAUCCAUCGGAAACAAAGGUGUAUGAUGCUUUUUAUAAGCUUAAGAACACCCCUCUUCAUAUACAAUCCUACGUUUUAAGUGCUAUCACUGAAAAUGUACCGAAGCUGGAAUUGAACGCUGUAUUCGAGGAGAAGAUUCGCAUAGAAAAUGCUGUUCAUGAGGCACUUACAGAGGGAAUGUCUACUUAUGGUUAUGAGAUUGUCAAGACCCUCGUUGUUGAUAUUGUGCCGAGUGAUUCUGUGAAGAAUGCAUUGAAUGAGAAUGCAGCUGCAAAGGAAAAGCUUGGACAGAUCACCACCGCAAGGCCAAUGGCUGUAGCUACAUAG